CAAGAUGAGUAAAGUUCUUGUUAAUACCUUGGGAUUAGGAACUGUGGGCGUGGCCUCGUUUUUCUGGGGCCGUUCUUCAACUCCAGCUGAUGUUGCUACUGAAAGCAAAACAGAUUCCAAGAAUCUUCCAGCAAUAGUAAAUGGAGGCAACGGGGCUCCAGACAAGGCAUUAUUCAAUCCUGAACUUGUGAAGCCAAGUCAGUUCUUCAAAUACGGCUUUCCUGGCCCUAUUCACGAUUUACAAAACAGAAGUGAAUUUGUCAGUUGCUACAAUAGACAGACUAGAAACCCAUACUGGGUCGUAGAGCAUAUUACCAAGGAGUCAGUGCAAAGGGGCAGCGGAGUAGACCGGAAGAAUUCCGUCUUCAAGGAAGAUGAAGCUAUUCCGGCCAAGUUCAGAAGCAGAUUGAGAGACUUCUUCAGAAGUGGCUACGAUAGGGGACACCAGGCUCCAGCAGCUGACGCUAAGUUCAGCCAAGUUGCUAUGGAUGAAACGUUCUACUUGACCAACAUGUCUCCACAGGUGGGCGAUGGAUUCAACAGAGACUACUGGGCACACUUCGAAGACUUUGCACGUAGAUUGACUAACAGAUACGACAAUGUGCGUAUAAUGACGGGGCCAUUAUUCUUGCCAAAGAGAUGUGACGACGGAAAGUACAGAGUCACCUACGAGGUUAUUGGGUCUCCGCCAAAUGUUGCCGUACCGACCCACUUCUUCAAGUUGAUUGUGGGGGAGAACAACGGUGACGACCGGAUCAGUGUCGGAGCCUUUGUGUUACCCAACGAGCGCAUCGAUAACACCGACGACUUGACCAAAUACCAGGUGCCCGUGGAAGCCUUGGAGAGAUCUACAGGACUAGAGUUGUUGCAGAAGGUUCCUUUCAGCAAGAAGAAGGACUUGUGUCGCGAGGUCAAGUGCGAGAUACUAGUGCGAGAGUUCCCAAAGCAAGCCAAGAAUGUGUUGGCCUUGCCCGGUAAAUAGAUUGCUACGACACAUGCUAGAAACACAUGCGACAUGGCUAAUACAUACUAAAUAGCUACACAUACACAUACUUCGUAAGAGCAAA